UGCAAUGGCCUGUCAAUGUUCAGGCGUCUUGUUUAUAGGAGGUUGCUCUCAAACCAAAGCCACAAGGCUGAACUGCCUCACUUUUCAAUUUGCUUACGACCCCUCCAUGAGCGCGUAUCUUAUCGUUUGCAGUGCAGUGCUCUACACGAUCCUUGUGUCGACGCCAUUGGCCUUAGCUGCGACCGCCCCUUCUGAUGUGUGGAAAACCAACAACAAUCGCGUGAUUGUCCUCCACCACCGCCACGGCUACGUGUCGACCGAAAGCAACGUCAUUACAACGGAAGAGCACGCCGCCUUGCGCCGACUCAUUGCUAACAUUGAGGCUCCAUCGAACGACGAGGCUAGCCAUCGCCGAGCGGGCAUUCCGGCCGAGUACGCAGUGAACUUGAUGCAACCAUUCGGGGGUGCGAGCGCUUCAGCGGAGAUUGCUGCGCAUGAUAAACAAAAGGCGGAGGCGAGCAGUCUGGACAAGGCGCAUUCAGGGACGUCCGCUGAGAAGAAGGCCGAUCGCGGCGAUAUCUUCUACGAGAAACUGAUCAUUUUCAAGACGAGCCACGACCGCGUCAAGGAGAACGCCGAGUCGGACAACAAACGAUUGAGCAGCCGAGAUGUGAGCCAGGAAGCCGACCGUGGACAAAUGGCCAAGCAGCGCCAGACAGUGACUUAG